AGAGGCUUGAACGAUGCUUUUCCAGUCUGGGCUCAUAGUUGUUGUAUUUCUCGUGAUCGUUCUGCAAAGUGAAAUUUGCUUUUGCCUCCGCCCUGAUUGGAUCUUGUAUUAAGUGUACAUAGGGACAAAGAACUCAUGGCGUCGUCGCUGUGUCGCAGUUUUAAGCGGUUUUCGAUUCCUGUGUUGGUAGCAAUCUCAGAAUUGCAUUGAAAUUGAGGCUGGGACUGCCACCUGAAUCAUGGAGUCGCGGCUCAACGGGGCAAAUUAUGCGACGGUGACGAAAUCGCAGCGUUGGGGUCGACUUUUGACUCUAGACGUCGACGUGAUGGGUGACCCAUUGCGGCCCAAAGAGGCCGUUGUGACUGCUUCUGGACCGAGCAAAGCGCCAAGACUCGUCUCAUGCAAGGCUUGUCGAGUGACCGCCGGUUUUGGCGUACCACCUUGAUUUUUGUGGGCAGUCGAUUCCUAGGAUUCAGACUCGCAUGUGAUCAACUAAGAAAGCUCCGAAUCAUUUUAGUAAGACUAAAAAGUUGAUGAGCAUACAGUUUGGCACAUAACACAAACAGGUUCACACCUGGGUAGCUUUGGACUUCGAGUUGCCGCGUGGCGCUCACGAGUAUGAGAAUUUCACGUUCGUCUACAACCCCGGGUGGAGCUCAACGCGAGUAGUGGGUAUUAUAUCGUACGACUCGUCGACUUUAGGUGGAGGAGCUGCGACUGAUAUACAACGAACUGCAGUCGAGAAGAACCCUAAUUAUGGAUGUGGAACUUUUGAUCACAGUAUGAGUAUAUCAUCCUAGUACGUGUGUGAAAAAGUUUUCUGCUACACGGUUAUAGCGCCCUAGAAGGGUAAUUUUGAGACAGCCUCAUGCGAAGUCGGCCUCAUGUAGUAGAGCUAGCUUUAGUGCCUGGUCUAAUCUCAGCCGAGUUUUAGUUUGUCCCCACCGCCACGGCGUGCUAGGGAAAGGCCAUUGCGCCUCCCUGGAGGAACCCCCGAUUUUGCAAGAGACUUCGGAGGUGGCCUUGGUGCCCCGGGAACAGCCGGUAACGAGAAAGAUGAUGAAGAUAUUCGCGAUCGCGACGAUGGCGAUGGUCAUAAUGAUGCACCUCCUUCCAGCAAUGCAAAUUACAACGCCUUGCUAGACGCUCUUAGCUUUUCCAAAAACGUUCCUAGUGACGUACAAAAGAGGAUGGAGGAGCAGUCCUACAGCCUCGAGCCUUCUAGCAAAAGCAGAGCAGCUGAUUUGAGAAGACUACCUCAUGACGCCGAAAGCGAACAAAAUCCAAGCACAUUCCAUACUUCCUGGACCGAGGCAUCCAGUGCGUGGGAAGCAGCAUUCUCGACAUCGCGCCAUCGUCCGUUUAUUGACAGCUUGCAACAGCGCUUGGGAAAAUUGAAUGCAUACCGGGCCCUUGACCGAGGAGCCUUCGUAGAUCGGCUUCUUUAUGCUGACAUUGGCGUUUUGCUCACGUUGCUCCCGCUGCUUUCGCCUAAGAACUUUGCCGCAGCUCUGUUGGCAAAAAGCAUGCUGCCAAGGCUCUGCGACGAGCUAGAACGCACACCACAGGAGUUAAGGACAUCAUGAAAUAAGAAGUCGAGGACAUACCAGUCACUUUGAACUGAGUUUCCUCUUCUCGCAGUUGAAAUUGCAAGAUUAGUGAAGUUUGAGCAAAUGAAAAUACAAGAAAUACUUUCAUAACGUUUGCAUAUAGUAAAAAAGUGAUGCAUCAAAAUCGUCCUCCGCAACAAAUGAACAUGCCCUUUCUAAGAUUAGCAAUAGCCGAGAAGCUAUCUGCACACCUGUUGCGCAUUUGCCGUGAAUUCCGCCGUUAUGGACUACCUCUCGCGGGACCGGAAGCCGUCGGCGCAGAAGAAUUUGCGGCACUCUACUCUCUUGUGAAGCGCUUGGCAAAGAGUGUACGUCUAAGCCGCAUGCAAGGGGCGACCGCUACCCGCUGCGCCGACAUCCGUGAUCUUCUGGCUAUCGAUUUCGGCAGCUAGAGCAAGACUUUCACUAUAGAGAACUACAAUUACUGUUCGGCUUUUGACGCAACUCUACUAGCUGCUGGGAGAUUUGUUGAACAGGUCCAAUUAAAGAUGGAGGGCUACUUCUGAAAAUUUGAAGAGCUGCGACUAGUCGUGGUCUCGAGAUGUUGAGCUCACUGGGGAUCUUGAUCAGCUAGUACAGCAAGAGUUUGGAACCGUCGUUGGGCAUUCCACGAAAGCUCUGAAAAUAUCGAAGCAGAGCUUGGCCAUGAGACCGACAAAGGUUACAUCUUCGAGCAGCCGAUGACGAAACUGAGCCGCACGCCUUUCACCUCUCACUUGUACUUGUGCGCUCAGGAAGAUCCGAUUCUCGCAGCAGAGCCGACAUAAUCGCAGACGCGCGCAGUAGCAGCAGAGCGGAUGCCUGAGUGUGCGCGGAUCGGAAAUGAUUUCGCUAGCAGUGCGCGUCUGUGAGGCGUUUGGAGUGAUAGUUACGCUACAAGUUUCAAUGGCAGACGCACUUCUCUAUCACCAAUAGCAACCUGAUGCACCAAGAAGCCAUUCACCGUCAUCCAUACUAACACAUCCGCCAGCAGCUACUGCAAUUAGUGGUGUGUUCGUGAUUUUGCGGCGGGCGAUAUGUGUUAAAACAUAAUAAUAUGUGCAGGAAAUAAGACGGUCACGGUGGCGGAACCAGAGGACAGAUUUUCCAAUAAUGCAUGUUAGCUGUCAGAAAAGAAGACUAGUUUUUACCAGCCUGAGCUUCAUUGAACUUCCGGGGUGGAGAAAAGCUUCGUAGGUAUAGAAUUGUCUCUUUCUGAUUUUGCCUAAGUCAUAUUUAAGAUGUGAAAAAGCCUGCCUCGGGCACUCGACAU